AUGACUCGCCGAGAACAUUCCUCACACUGUCACGAAAGUAAUAAAGAGAAUUAUGAUCCAGUCAAGAAAAAAUAUUCCGGAGAGUGUACUGAGCAAAACCAUAGAAAUCAAAAAGAUAAACUGCAGUCAGCGUCAACUUCUCGCCAACCACUAACAGAGAUAUAUGUCAAUACCAGGUCAGAUGAAGAAUACGAAAUAAUUGAACGGAAAGCUACAUCAGGGACACAGAAGAAAGCGCGCCGUAAGGAUGGUCGCAAGUCUAGCAAAAAAGUAGAGAAAACACCAAAAACGAGUCGGAAGGAUCGUGCCAACGACCAAGAGAAUCAGCAUGUUACAUCUACAGAGGCUGUUAAGACGAACAUUCGAAGAAUACGAAGGUGA